AGCAAGCGUGCAGUCCAUUCACGGUGUGCAUGUUACUGUUGUUUUACCAGCUGUCAGGCCAUUCGAGUCGGCUCCGAGAGCAUUUUCGGGAUACGCUUUGCUAGACUCCUUGCCAACCCCAACUCACUUCCGCGCAAACCAGUUCUUUUGCACAUGCUACCAUCAUGUUUGGACCCUUGAGCAUGUUCCUCUAACCGCACCCAGUGAUGCCUAUGCCCAAAGUAGCUGCAAGCGAGCCCACCUUGGCUCAGAAGACCAAGUGCAAGGGGAGGAAUUGGGCCCCAACUGGAGCUGUUCCAAGCGCGCUGGAUGUUUUUGAGACCUUUGAAGGACCAGGGCUUCUUUAAGCAUGUGGUGCGCCAUAUGGAUUUGGCCUCGCUGCUGGAGUACACAGCUGACAUGGACUGUGGGAACCACACAGCCUUCGUCCAAGGGGUGUAUGGCUUGGCAGUGUCGACCGUGGCCUCAUCUUUGAAAGCGUUAGCCAUGCAGAUCAACACAUUCAAGGUUCUAGCUGCAUACCAGGAGCGGCAGCUCCAGCAUCGGCGCUUGGACUAUGUCCCGGCUCAAGUCCUUGCGCCGGGCUCGUCCACAGAGCUCAGGAGCUUGGUGGAAGCAAUCGCUGAACCUUCAAGCAAGGAAGGUAAAGCUCUCGCCGCCCGCGCAGUGAAAGUGUUGGGUGAGCAAAUGUGCCCAGGUGAGGGCAUCCUGUUGAAGGAGAUCAAGCUCCAAAAAGAGCCUGUGAUGGAUUUCUUGUUGCUAUAAGAAUGCUCUAAGCCUGAGCUUCUUGUCGCUGUGGGCUGUUAGCUCAACGAAGUGGCACGCAUACGACAUGGUAAUCGACCUCAACGUGAAUUCAGCGUGUCUCGUUUUCAUGCCACGUGCUGGCAACGCGGUUUGCCAAAAGCUCUUCCUGAAGCAAAAGUCUUCCUACACAGCAAAGUGACGUUGCCAGCGUGGGUGUGAGGUCAAAAUAAGGAAAUGCGUGGCGCUCGCGGCGCUCCGACUUGACAGGAAUGAGCAUGGACCUAUCUGCAGGCAUGUCUUGAGGAAACAGUGCCUCACAAAGUUGAAAGAUUGUCGCUUUGCCAUGGUACUUGUGCUAUCUUGUGCUGAAUGAAUUGCUACCUCCUUGGGUUCUGUACUCGAGGCCAACCAAAAGCUGCCAAUAUUUUUCCGGCAGUUGGUGCGAUGCAUUCCUUUGCAAAAGUAGAUGAAAUGGAGUGGGGCGUGCUGACAUGUUGCAUGUAUGUUUCACAACCCAUUUCGAGUCAACGAUACAACCAUAUACACUGACACGUUGUGUGGUUGGACGCUCUGCAAAAGAGCAACUCUGAGUUGAAGAGCGACUCACGGAGCCUUUGCAACUGCCCAGGACGGAGAAAAGGAGACACUGCGCAGGAUCUCUUGUUUUGUGAAUGGUUGACCAUGACUGUGGUGACCGUAACCUGUAGGUUCAAGACCUCGCCAGCACAGGCGAAAACGAGCGUUCACGCGUUCGUCCACGUGUUUUCAUGGUAGCGGAGCCGACCCGGGGGCUC